CCAGCAGGGAAUCAGGAGCAAUGCGGGGGUUGAGUGUCUUGUGGGCCAGAGAGUCCAGUGAAGGUUUGCCUUCUGAAGUCGGAACCGGGCUCUCCAGUUACCCAGGCCACCGUCGAGGGCGUUCCCGCCAGGCUCACCAGGGCACCUACAGGGGCGACCACGCCUGCGGCCACCAGCCCAGCUCUCCUCCUGCCCCGAAGAGUGGCUCUGCGUCCGGGCGGAGUGGUCCUCCCGCCCCGGCCCCGUUGCCAUGAAGAUCGCAGUGAUCGGACAGAGCCUGUUCGGCCAGGAAGUUUACUGCCACCUGAGGGAGGAGGGUCACGAGGUCGUGGGCGUGUUCACUGUGCCGGACAAGGAUGGGAAGGCGGACCCCCUAGGCCUGAAGGCUGACAAGGAUGGAGUUCCAGUGUUCAAGUUUCCCCGCUGGCGGGCAAGGGGACAGGCUCUGCCCAACGUGGUGGCGACGUACCAGGCCCUGGGAGCCGAGCUCAACGUGCUGCCCUUCUGCAGCCAGUUCAUCCCCAUGGAGAUCAUCAGCGCCCCCCGCCACGGCUCCAUCAUCUACCACCCGAGUCUGCUCCCCCGGCACCGGGGGGCGUCGGCCAUCAACUGGACCCUCAUCCAUGGAGACAAGAAGGGCGGCUUUACCAUCUUUUGGGCAGACGAUGGUCUGGACACCGGGGACCUUCUGCUCCAGAAAGAGUGUGAGAUCCUCCCGGACGACACCGUGAGCACGCUGUACAGCCGCUUCCUCUUCCCCGAAGGCGUUAAAGGGAUGGUUCAGGCCGUGAAGCUGAUCGCUGAGGGCAGAGCCCCCAGGCUCCCUCAGCCUGAGGACGGCGCCACCUACGAGGGGAUUCAGAAGAAGGAAACAGCCCAGAUCAAUUGGGAUCAGCCAGCAGAGGCCAUUCAUAACUGGAUCCGCGGGAACGACAAGGUGCCGGGCGCCUGGACGGAGGCCUGUGGGCAGAAGCUGACGUUUUUCAGCUCGACGCUGAGCACUGAAGGCCUGGUGCCCGAGGGAGAAACUUUGCCCAUCCCAGGAGCCCAUCGGCCAGGGGUGGUCACCGGAGCGGGACUCAUCCUCUUCGGGAAUGACGACCGAAUGUUGCUGGUGAAGAGCAUCCAGCUGGAGGACGGCAAGAUGAUCCCAGCCUCGCAGCUCUUCAGGGGGGCAGACAGCAGUGGCCUCGAGCUGACGGAGGAGGACCUGGUCACCGCGGAGGCUGUGCGGGGUGCCUGGAAACGGAUUCUCCCCAACGUCGUGGAGGUGGAAGACUCCACUGACUUCUUCAAGUCGGGGGCCGCGUCGCUGGACGUCGUCAGACUGGUUGAGGAAGUGAAGGAGCUGUGUGACGGCCUGGAGUUAGAAAAUGAAGACAUCUACAUGGCAACCACUUUCGGGGACUUCAUACAGCUGUUAGUGAGAAAGAUGCGAGGGGACAACAAGGAGAGCAAGUGCGUCAUCGACCACGUGGAAAAGACCGUGAACAAGCUGACCCUCCGAAUGCCCCACCAGCUCUUCAUCGGAGGCGCGUUUGUGGACGCCGAGGGCGCCAAGACCUAUGAGACCAUCAACCCGACAGACGGAAGUGUCAUCUGCCAGGUGUCCCUGGCCCAGGUCAGCGACGUGGACAAGGCCGUGGCUGCUGCAAAGGACGCCUUUGAGCACGGGCUGUGGGGGAAGAUCAGCGCGCGGGACCGGGGCCGCCUCCUGUACAGGCUGGCCGACCUCCUGGAGCAGCAGCAGGAGGAGCUGGCCACCAUCGAGGCCCUGGACGCGGGGGCCGUCUACACGCUGGCGCUGAAGACCCACGUGGGCAUGUCCAUCCAGACCUUCCGCUACUUCGCUGGCUGGUGCGACAAGAUCCAGGGUGCCACCAUCCCCAUCAACCAGGCCAGACCCAACCGGAACCUGACCAUGACCCGGAAGGAGCCCAUCGGGGUCUGUGGCAUUGUCAUCCCCUGGAACUACCCCUUGAUGAUGCUGUCCUGGAAGAUGGCCGCCUGCCUGGCUGCGGGGAACACAGUGGUGAUCAAGCCUGCCCAGGUGACCCCACUCACAGCCUUGAAGUUUGCAGAGCUGACCUUGAAGGCUGGCAUUCCCAAGGGCGUGAUCAACGUCCUGCCAGGAUCCGGCUCAGUGGUCGGCCAGAGACUCUCGGACCAUCCCGACGUGCGGAAAAUCGCGUUCACGGGCUCCACCGAGGUGGGAAAGCGUAUCAUGAAAAGCUGUGCCCUGAGCAACGUGAAGAAGGUCUCCCUGGAGCUGGGCGGGAAGUCUCCCCUCAUCAUCUUUGCUGACUGCGACCUCCGCAAGGCCGUGCAGAUGGGAAUGAGCUCCGUCUUCUUCAACAAAGGUGAGAACUGCAUCGCCGCCGGCCGGCUCUUUGUAGAGGACUCGAUUCACGACCAGUUUGUGCAGAGGGUGGUGGAGGAGGUGGGGAAGAUGAAGAUCGGCAGCCCCCUCGACCGGGACACCAGCCACGGGCCACAGAACCACGAGGCCCACCUCCAGAAGCUGGUGGAGUACUGCCAGCGCGGCGUGAAGGAAGGGGCCACGCUGGUCUGUGGUGGGAACCAAGUCCCCCGGCCAGGUUUCUUCUUCGAGCCGACCGUCUUCACGGACGUGGAGGACCACAUGUUCAUAGCCCGGGAGGAGUCCUUCGGGCCCGUCAUGAUCAUCUCUCGGUUUGCCAACGGCGACGUGGAUGCGGUGCUGUCUCGGGCCAACGCCACAGAGUUCGGCCUGGCCUCUGGCGUCUUCACCAGGGACAUCAGCAAGGCCCUGUACGUCAGCGACAAGCUAGAGGCGGGCACCGUGUUCGUCAACACGUACAACAAGACCGACGUGGCUGCCCCCUUCGGAGGCUUCAAGCAGUCGGGAUUUGGCAAAGACCUGGGAGAGGCGGCUCUGAAUGAGUACCUGCGGGUCAAGACGGUUACCUUCGAGUACUGAGGAGGCCUCAGGAUGUGUCCGCAGCUGUGGGCUCGCCCCCCGCAGUGCACAGCCCCUCCCUGAACGUGGUGGAGGCCUCCUGCCUGCACCCCUGUCCCCAUCUGGGACCCCCAUCCUGUCCCGUCAGCGCGGCCGUCGUCUCGGGCAGAAAGCGGCCCCGUGCGAAUAAAGGUUCUG